GGCAACCGGAAAAACACAGAGCAGAAGGCUAAAGGCACAUAAUAACAUCGAAAUUCGAAAGCUAAAAAAAAAUUAAUUAUUUUUUUGGUUAAACAAUCAACCAGAAGCCCCAUCUGAGCAGAGCGGGUCGUCCGGAAAAGCAGCCAAAAAUUGAGAUGUCUGACAAGCAGCAAAAGCAGCCAGCGAAGCCAGCAAAGGCGGCAAAGCCAGCAAAGGAUGCGAAUCCGGGCAGCAGCGGAAACAGCAAUACGCGACCCAAUGCCAGCCAGAUGGAGCAAACGGAGAAUACGAAUGUGUUUAAGCAGCUCUUUGCCACGCUCGAGGCAGAGCACCAGAAGCUACAGGAUCUGGAGCAGCGUCGUCUCAGGCUCACCGAAGAGAUGAAGAAUCUGCGCGAAAUGCUGCAGCAGGAGAAUCGCAGGCUGCGCAGCAGCUCCGAGGAGGCCCAGGCCCGUAAAAAUGCCACAGCAGGAUCAGCAGCAGCCGGAGCAGCGACCAGUUCUCCAGUUGCCAAAAAAUCGAAGAGCGUGCAAAUAGCCAAACAGCCACCAAAAAUCGCCAAUCAACAUCAAAUGCUCGACAUGAUUGACCAGGGCAUGGACUUGAACACAUUGGAUAAUCAAAUGGCUGGGCGUGCCGGCAAGGAAAAGCUGCAACUGUUGCCAGCAGAUCCCAGCGAGCCAAUCGGCCCACAAGCGUCCGAAGUGCUCAUCCAGCUGAUCGAUUCGAACUCAGCCUUGAGGCAGCUGCAGACAAUCGAAUUGCCAGCGCUGUGGCAUACGCCCGUCAGCUCAGUGGAUCUGGAGUCAUUUAUACAGAUGUCGAACACAUCCGUGGCCCAAUCAAGCACUGAGGAGUCUAGAGACGCCGCGGACAGCGCCGCCGCUGAAUGAGUGCGUCGAUAACAGGCUAGAUCGUUUGAGGUGCUCAGUAUACCCAUAUACUAUAUAUACCAGGGUACCCAACAUAAAGUUCACUAACAAAUUUUAGUAUUCAAUGUUUGACAUAAGUACACGAAAGCCAACCUGAUCAGACUGUAAAACAACGAA